GACUCUGCUUUAGGCUGAUUGCGUAGUUUCACAGAAAACCGGUAUUGUAUUUCAAUAGGUUUGGAUAAUUGUGAAGAUAGCGCGUUUCUUUGAGUGCAAAUGAACUUUGUGGACAGGUAAUAUUAUUAUUCUACUGCUCUCAGUUACUUCCCCAUCUGGACCCAUCUGUGACUUCCAGCCAAUUAGCAGAGGCCCCCUGAACCCCUGGCACCUGUCCCUUUGCCAUGCCGAAGAGUGACACGUGGCCGGGCGGCGUUGCCAUGGAAUCCUUGAUCAGUAUGGACAGCACUGGGAGCUGUGACAGUGUGGUUAGCAUGAACUCUGGCUUUAGUGAUGACAGUCUGGAGCACCUCUCUGCUGAGGAGCGUGCGUGCCUCAUGUUUCUGGAGUCCACCAUUGAGUCCCUGGAGAUGGAGGAGGACAGUGGCCUGUCCAAUGAUGAGCCAGACCCCAGCAGCCUGGCAGCCAAACAUGGCCACCUCUCUAUGGGACAGACCAGACUGGAGGAUAUGUCAGAACUGCAGCAUGCUGACUCAGGAAGGGAUCAGAAGUCCUUUCUGAACUGCAUAGUGCCUACACCACUUCUACUGGCAAAUAGCCAUGCCAGUAUCCAGUUCAAAGCCCCAGCUGCUGCCACCCAACCCACUGCUCCAGCUGCAGCAAUUGAGCCCAGAGUCCCAGCCCCAGUAGUAGCAACCCAGCUCAGUACCACAGGGGCAUUUACUGAUCUAAAACCUCCAGGGGUAGUCACUGAACCCACAGUCUCAGAGGUAGUCACAGACCCUAAAGCUCCAGAGAUAGCAACUGUGCCUAAGUCCUCAGAGUUGGCCACUAUCACAAAAGUUCCGGAGUUGUCCACUGAGUCUAAAACCCCAGAGUUCGCUGCAGACCCGAAAGCUUCUGACUCUGCCUCGGACACAACCUGUUCCUCAGCCACCUCAGAUUUACCUACAGAUGAUUCUGUGGACAACAUGCCUAAAGGAGUCUCUGUAGACAGCAAGUCUGCAAAGCGUCAAUCUAAAGUUCACUCUGAGCUGGAUCUGAAGCUGAUUCCCCCUCCCUCAGACUUCAGGGAUGAUGAGCCAGAGGAGGAGAGUGAUCCUCCAGUGCCUGCAGAACUCAGAGGUCCACUAACCUACAGUGAGCUGGAGCAACUACACAGGAGAGCUCCACCAGCCUCCCCUGGAUCCCAACAGGCACCACCUUCUAAACCUCCUGUUGAUCUGCCUGUACCUGUUAUUACCAACUCACCACCCUCCCACUCAGAGGCCCUAACCAUCCCCAUUCCUAAGGCCCUGGAAACAAAGAACCCACCUGCCGUGGCCCCUAAGCCCAAGAGGCUUCCCUCCAACAUCAUCCUGAAGUCCCACAAGUCAGAUAGUCACCCAGGCCCCCCUCUCCCCUCGCCCAUUGACAGGUCGAUGAUUGACCCCCAGAAGGUACGCUUGGAGGCCCUACGGAAGCUCGGGCUCCUGAAGGGUGAAGAUGGAGACUCAGGCCCUGUAGUUUCACCCAAAUCCCGGAAGUCAUGGGCACCCACUCCCUCUCCUCGCAGCCCGGCUGCCACCCAGACCCAAGCCCCAGCCCAAAUCCCAACUCCUUCCCCAGCCACUACCCCUGCCCCAGUCCCAGCCACUAUCCAUACCCCAAUCCCAGUGCCUGAUGCAGUCGCUGCCCCAGCCCUAGUCCCAGACCCAGUUCCAGUGACUACCCCAGUACCAGCCCGAGCCACUACCCUUGCUCCAGUUCCAGCCCCAAUCCAAUUCAGUGACAAUGCCAAAGCUCUGCCCUCGCCCCUUGCAACCCCUCCUUCACCACCCAAGCAUAUUCUCCCUCCCGGAGGGGUCAAAUCAGCCACUCUGGAGCGCUCCGGCAUGGGUCUGAGCAGCUACAUGGGCAGCAAUGCUUCCCUCAGGGCAAACCGGGAUCCCAGUGUCCCUUUGUCCCCCGGCGACCAGCGUAAGUCUAGGCCCCGCCCUGCCUCCCUAGGAACUAGGAAAGACUUCAUGAAUGUUCAGGGUGAGGCCUGCCACCCCCAGUCAGGUCAUGGGGAGUCUCAGAACAAGCUGCCCCGCUCCCAUGGUAUCAGUGUGCUGAUCUGCCCCAACAGCAAGAGUGGAGAGGACCGACGGGAGGCCCUGAAGAAGCUAGGACUGCUGAGCGACUGAGGGAAGGGAGAGGGGAAAUGGAACUGCACCAUUAUGGAAUCCAUAUGAGGGGUGAGGUCUGAGGAGGAGGAAUGUUCUUAAUAUGGAUUCUAGUUUUUAGUCACUGGGACACUGAAACUUAUCGGAAGAUUACUCUCUCCAUAAGGCCUUAUUUGAAGCAACAUGCAGAGAGCACUAUUUGAUUGAUGAAGGAGUGUCUUCUUGCCUUCGUACUGCACAGAAAUGCUGUAUGUACCCCAAGACUGCCUUUCAUGAAUAUCAUGAUUACAGUAUCAUACUACUAUGAGAUACUGCACUAACUACAGUUUGCAGUACACUGAGUAUGUACAUUCCUUGUAAAAUAUGUUAGGCUGUUUUUGAAUCGCAUGACAUAUUCAGUAAUUUGAUCAUUGUCUAUUUUCUAAAUUAAAUAUAAUAAACUGCAUGUAGG